AUGGAGGUAUUUGGCAAAUCUGUGAUUGCUGAGCCCAGCAAUGUGAUUUUCUUGUCCGCAAUCCUUAACACAGAAGGGUCAAACCCUAGUCACAAGUGUGACAAGAGGUGCCAGAACGAGCACAUUUUCGGGAACAUGUACCGUUGCAAACUGACUGGAACCACUCACAUCUGCGACAAAAACUGUAACCAGAGGAUCCUCUAUGACAACCAUAACUCGCUCUGCCGAGUGAGUGGGCAGUUUUUUCCGCUCUCUCCAUUGGAGCAGCAAGCAGUGAGGGGUAUCCGCAGGAAGCAUGAAGUGGACAGCAAUGAAGGCUGUUCCUUUAAGCGCAGGCGUGGUGCACAGCUGCAUCCUUCCCCCUUUGAGAGGUCCUACUCUGCUGUGUCUCCAAUCCCGAGCCAGGACCAUUCCAGGCGAACAUCUCUGAUUCUAUUUUCAUUGUCGGGUGGCAAGAAACUAAAGGCAUCUCUUCUCAUUCCUCGGCUCCUCGCAUACUGUUUAGCUGCAGCCGAGCAGCAUGCUUUCCAGAACAUAAAUUGGUGGAAGAGAAGUUUGACGCUACCACUUUGCGAGAAGGACCGAGCCAGACACAAUAACAUCAAACUGAGAUACCGCAGUUUACCAACUUUUUCGAUAUGGCAGAUUGAAGAGCAGCAAGAGCAGCUUCCAUUAAGCUGCAGUUUGAACAGCUUCCAUCUGCAGUUUGAAGAAAUCUUUUUAAGGUCUUGGACUAAAGGCGAAUCCUUACAGCAAUCUUGCCUUGCUGGAUACCUUGUAAUGAUUGUAGUACUUGACAACUGUGACCAAAAGUAG